UUGAGCUCCUCCCCCCUAACUCCCACUCCAUGCUCUCUUCCUUUAAGAAAAAUCUCCAUCUUGGUGUGUUUAUCAGAAAUUUUAGCUGAUAAAUCAUAUCCCAGCAUUGCCAGUUUUUCUCUAUUUAAUCAACUUUUCUGUGGGGGCCUAAAAAAACAGAGAGUUCCCAUUGUGUAAUCUAUAUAGUUUUUGUUGAUUAGUAGAUCCGUCUCUGUUGUUUUUAACAAACCAGAGUGUUUCUUCUUCACUGAAACCGCUACUGUGUUUGUUUUGUUAUUGUUCUUAUGGAGAGGUUUGUGAGACUCAUUUCCAUGACGACUCUGCUUCUGCUUCUCGCGCUUCCUUUAGCUUUGGCUAGCCAUGACUACGGCCAAGCCCUGAGCAAAAGCAUUCUCUUCUUUGAAGCUCAGAGAUCUGGCUACCUUCCCCACAACCAGAGAGUCAAAUGGAGAGCUAAUUCUGGUUUGCUUGACGGCAAGGCCAGUGGGGUGGAUCUGGUUGGGGGGUACUAUGAUGCAGGGGACAAUGUGAAGUUUGGGCUGCCAAUGGCAUUUACCCUAACAAUGAUGUCAUGGAGUAUAGUGGAGUAUGGGAAGCAAAUGGCUGCAAGUGGGGAGCUCAGCCACGCCAUGGAUGCUUUGAAGUGGGGCACUGAUUACCUCAUUAAAGCUCACCCCGAACCUAAUGUCUUCUAUGGAGAGGUUGGAGAUGGAAACAGUGACCACUACUGCUGGCAAAGGCCGGAGGACAUGACAACCGACCGCCGGGCCUACAAGAUUGACCCGAGCAAUCCCGGAUCGGAUCUCAGCGGUGAAACAGCUGCCGCCAUGUCGGCCGCCUCCAUUGUCUUCCGCCGCUCGAAUCCCGCUUACUCCCGUGAGCUCCUCCGCCAUGCCAUCCAGCUAUUCGAGUUUGCGGACAAAUACAGAGGCAAAUAUGACAGCAGCAUUAACGUUGCCCAGAAGUACUACCGUUCUGUCAGUGGAUAUAAUGACGAGCUGCUUUGGGCUGCUGCAUGGUUGUAUCAGGCAACUAACAACCAGUACUACUUGAACUACCUCGGGAAAAAUGGUGAUUCAAUGGGAGGAACUGGAUGGGGCAUGACCGAGUUUGGUUGGGAUGUCAAGUAUGCAGGGGUUCAGACACUUGUAGCUAAGUUCCUAAUGCAAGGCAAAGCUGGUCGCAAUGCUCCUGUGUUUGAGAGGUACCAGCAGAAGGCAGAAUACUUCAUGUGUUCGUGCCUUGGAAAGGGCACCCGCAACGUUCAGAGGACUCCUGGCGGCCUAAUCUUUCGACAGAGGUGGAACAACAUGCAAUUCGUGACAAGCGCCUCCUUCCUUGCCACUGUCUACUCUGACUAUCUUGCUUCUGCUGGGAGAUACAUGAAAUGUGCUUCUGGCAAUGUUUCACCAUCGGAGCUUCUCUCCUUUUCCAAAUCACAGGUUGACUACCUUCUUGGGGAUAAUCCAAGAGCCACAAGUUACAUGGUUGGAUAUGGUAACAACUUCCCGAGACAAGUUCACCACAGGGCUUCCUCAAUUGUCUCCAUUAAGGUUGACUCUUCAUUUGUCAGCUGCCGAGGGGGCUAUGCCACUUGGUUUAGCAGGAAAGGAAGUGAUCCCAAUGUUCUUGUUGGUGCUGUUGUUGGAGGUCCCGAUGCCUACGACAACUUUGCUGAUGAAAGAGACAAUUAUGAGCAAACUGAGCCUGCUACUUACAACAAUGCUCCUCUUUUCGGUGUAUUGGCACGACUAGGUGGUGGUCACAGCGGGUAUAACCAGCUCCUUCCAGUGAUUCCCCCCGCACCUAAACAGGUUGUUACUCGACCAAAGCCAGCUUCAGAACCCAAAGUUACUCCAGCUCCAGCAUCAUCUUCUAGCCCGAUUGCCAUAGAGCAGAAGUUGACAGCUUCAUGGAAUUCCAAGGGAAAAUCUUACUACAGAUAUUCGACAAUCGUGACCAACAAGUCUGCUAAAACACUCAAAUUUCUCAAUCUUUCAGUAUCCAAGCUGUAUGGUCCUCUAUGGGGCCUCACAAAGUCCGGUGAUUCGUAUGUUUUUCCUUCAUGGCUGAACUCUUUACCUGCUGGAAAGAGCCUUGAGUUCGUCUACAUCCAUUCGGCUUCACCAGCAGACGUAUCAGUCUCAAGUUACACUCUGGCCUAAGAGAAGAAGAAACCGAGUUAAACAAAAAAGGUUCACACAGUUUCUGGGUUCGUAAUUUAAGAAUUGUGCAGCUAUACAAAAUGCAGUCCAGAAAGGUUCACACAGUUUUCACCUCUUUCUUUGGUUUCGUAUUAGGGUUUUAGAUGAAAGUAGGUUAAAUAAGGCUGAAAGUUGGAGGAAGAAAGGUGUGAAGAGACCGUUUAAAAAGUGUGCUCAUCCCCUUUCUCCUCCACUUAAUUUCUAUAGGGUGAUUUGAGUGAAGGGCAGUGACAAUGCGACGAUUGAGAGUUGAAGAAAAUGACUUCUCAAUAUAUCUCAAGAAGUCUUUUCUUUCUUUGUACUUUGAAAUUGUUUCACUUUCUUUUUUUUUUCUUUUCUUUUUUGUGUUGUGAUGUUGUAAGCUUUGCAACAUUUCUUGUUUGUGGUAUGAAGAGUAUUCUCUCUAUUUGCUUCUUA